AUGGGCAGGGCGGGCCCCAUGCCCGGUGGCCGGCGGGACGGACCCUGCCCGUUGCCCCCGUGGUGUGGCCACCCCCUGGGCAGGGGGCACUCGCCGGCCCGUGACGGCUGGUGGGUGGCCCUGGGUGUCACCGCCUGCCCCACAGACGCAGGAACCUGCUGGUGUCGCCGCCUGCCCCACGGGACCCCUGGCCGCGGGACUGCUGCGAGGACCAUGCUGAUCCUGACCUGCUUGUCCCAGCUGCAGCGCCUGGAGGAGGCCCUGCGGAGGAGCCUUCCCCUUGCCCUGCCGGUCUAUGGGGCCGUGCUGAACAUCAACCGGGGGAACCCGGGGGAGCUGGAGGUGGUGGUGGACUCGUGGCCCAACUUCGGGGCCAUACUUGCCCGGCGCAGGGGAGAGAUACCGGUGGACGACUGCUACAGCAACACGCAGGCCGCUUUCUACCGGGACGUGGGGGCCUACAAGGCGCUGCUGGAGACCCCCGGCUGCCUGCGCUGGGACACCGCCUUCCACAUCCUCGGGCUGCAGGAGGGGGUGGCCACGGUGUCGCAGGCCAUCGCGGGGACCAAGGGAGUGGAGCUGGAGGUCUCCGACUACUACACCUACCUGCACCCCGACCCCAGCACCCUGCCUGAGCCCCGGCUGGCCCCCGGCGUGCGUGUGGGGACGCUGAGCCCGGCGCAUGUGGAUCUGCUGAACGAGACGUGGCCCUACGGGGGGAACGCGCGCAGCCGGCGGUACCUGGGGGAGCUGCUGGGGCGAUACCCCCACUUCUGCCUGCAGGACGGGGCCGGGGACCCCCUCAGCUGGACCCUGACCGACCACUUCGGGACGGGGACCCACGGUUACACCCUGCCCGGCCACCGGCGGCACGGCCACAUGCGGGCGGUGCUGAGCCUGGCCGCUCGCCAGGCGCAGGCCCGCGGCUUUCCAACCUUCGGGCACACGGCCACGGGCAACCGACCCAUGCAGAGGCUGCAGGAGGAGCUGGGCCACCAGCGGCUGCCCGGGCUGUGCCACUUCGUCCUGCACAACCCCGGCCUGGGGAGGGCCGGACGCUGAGACCACCCCAGUGUCACCCUUCCUCAGGGCAGGGAAGUCCCCAGGCUGUGGGGCAAGGACGAAAAACAAACCGAAAGCAAAAAGCAGUGUGGACUCUC